AUGUUAAAAGACCAAAUGCUUUUUACAUUUUUGCUAAUUUCUAUUGUAGCAAUAUCAGGCAUAUAUGGAGGACCUCUUCCUAAUGAUGAUGGUUUGUCAAAAUAUCUUAAUUCAAAAGAGACAACUGCUGAUGCUUGGAUGAAUGAUGAACAAAUCCUUGAUAUUGGAAAUAUGAAAGCUGGAGGAAAAUCUGAUUUAGAAAUUAAAGAAAAAAUUAUGUCAUACUUUAAUAUGCUUUCAGAUGAACAAAAAAAACCAUGGAAUAAAUAUUAUAAAAAAAUGUGUAUUAAUUGGUUGAAAGAUGUUUGUUCUGAGGAGGAACAAAAAGAAUUUAAAGGAUUCUUGGAAAACAAGAAUAUGGAAAAAAUUGAAGAAAAAAUGUCUGAAUAUGUUACUCGUCUUUCUGAUAGUAGAAGAGGAAUGGUCUUAGCAUGGAAAGAGGAAUGUAAAAAUUUAUGGAAUGAUGAUUCUAUUGAAAUAAAAGAUGUUAAACGUAGAGAUACUCAUCAUAUAUCUGGGCAUAAUUUAGAAGAAAAUUUCCAAUCAAAUAAAGAUCAUAAUCACAAUGAUGAUGAUCAUCAUCAAAAUCAUCAUCAUGGUAAAAGACAUAUCCAAGGUGAUUGGGAUUCUUUUGUCUCUGAACAUUUAUCAUGGUUAACAAGUGAACAAAAAAAUGAACUUGACGAAAUGAAACAAAAUGGAGCUAAUAAAGAAUCAAUGUCAAAUAAAAUUAUAUUUUUUUAUAACAAAGUUUCAGAUGAUAAACGUGAAGCAGCAGCAGAAGCACUAAAAGUUGCUUGUAAAGAAUUAUACGUUAACAUUUUUGGGGAAAAUGUAGUAAAUAAAUUAAAAGAAUUAAAAGAGAGUGGUGCAAGCUUUGAACAACUUGAGUCUAAAUUUCAAGAACAUAUGAAGGAGAUUACUGAUGAGAAAAAAUUAGAUGAGUUAAAAUCAUAUAAUGUUGCUUGUAAGAAACUUUUCCAGGAAUAUAGAAAAAAACGUCAUGCACAUCAACAUUCUGAUUUUGAAUCUUUUGCAAAAGAACAUUUAUCUUGGUUAAAUGAAGAACAAUUAAAAAAUAUAAAAACAAUGAAAAGUGAUGGUGUAGAAAAGUCAGAAAUUGUUAAAACAGUCAUUGAUUAUUUUGAACAAAUUGAUGAUAGUGAUAAGAAAUCAAAAGCACUAGAAUCAUUAAAAGGUGGUUGCCGUGAAAUUUUAGUUGAUAUUUUUGGAGCAGAAAAAGCAAGAGAAGUUAAAAAAAUGAAAGAAGAUGGUUUAAGCCAUGAACAAAUUGCUGAAACAAUAAAUGGUUGGAAAAAUGAUAUAAAGGAUUCUGAAAAACUUGAAAAAUUAAAUACUUAUUCUCCUACAUGUACAAUGUUAUUUAAAAAGAAAUUAUCAAAAAGACAUAUUCAUGGUCAAUUUGAAAGUUUUAUUUCAGAACAUUUAGGAUUUUUAAAUGAUGAACAAAAAAAUGACCUUAGAAAGAUGAAAGUUGAUGGUGUAUCAAGACAUGAUAUAGCCAAAAAAAUUUUUGCUUUUUAUCAAGAAACAUUUGGAGGAGUAAAAAAACAAGCAUAUGAACAAUUAAGAAUUCUUUGUGCUGAAACUAUUGAAGAUGUUUUUGGUGAGGCUACAUUAUUAAAUUUAAAAGAGAUGCGUGAUAGUGGAAUGACAUAUCCUGAAUUAGAAAAAAUUAUUCAAGACAAAAUAAAUGGUUUAACUGAUGAGUAUAAAAUUGAAAAAGUAAAAGCCUAUAGUCCAAUUUGUCGUGGAAUAUAUAAAACAAACCCCCCAAAACGUUUUAGAAAAAAUUCAUCCGCAAAUAAUUGUCCUGAUAUGAAAGAAAUCAUUGAAAACAGCAAUUCAUGGCUUGAUGAAAAAGAUAAAGUUAUUAUUAAUAGUUUACAAAAUAAAGAUUUCCAUAGUUCUAGAAUGGGUAUUAAAUAUAUUUUAGCUUUUAGUAAAGCUGUAGGUGAACAAAAAAUUAAAGCAACAAAACUUUUAAGAGCUCAAUGUGAUAAAUUAUUAAAGAAUGAAGUUGGAGAAAAAGCAUUUAAUGAAUUAAAUGAAAUGAUUGAAGCUAACAAAAGUUCUGAUGAUAUAGCAGUUAAAUUUUUAGAUUUGGUUUACUUAAGCAAAGAUGAAAAUGCAUGUACAUGGGGAAAUGUUGUUAUGUUAUGUAGACAAACUUACAUAUCAGUUAGUAAUCUUAUGAAAGAAGGAAUAUCUACAAGAAAAAAAAGACAUCCUCAUAGUGAUUUUGAGGAAUUUGCUAAACAUCAUUUAACUUGGCUUACCAAAGAUCAAUUUGAUGAAGUUAAAAAAAUGGUUGAAGAUGGAAUUGAUAAGAAAGAAAUAGGAGAGAAAGUUAUGGACUUUUAUGAUCUCCUUGAAGCUGAUAAUAAAGUUAAAGCUACUGAAGAAUUAACUUUAGCUUGUUCUGAAAUUUUUGAAGAAAUAUUUGGUACAGAAGCUAAAAAUGUUAUUACUGAAAUGAAAUCAUCUGGUAAAAGUUUUGAAGAAAUUGGUGCAAAAGUAGCAGAAUAUGAAGGACAACUUGAAAAUGAAGAAAUGAAACUUAAAUUUUCUGCCAUAAAACCAACAUGUAAACGUUUAGCAAUGGUUAAAAAAAUGCAGGCAAGAAGAAAACGCCAUGAUGAUGAAAAUGAUAUUAAUUCAUUUAUUAAUGAUCAUUUAACUUGGUUAACACCAGAACAAUUGGAACAAAUUAAAUCAAUAGGUGAUGAUCCUUCUAAAAAAGAAGAAGUUGCAAAUAAAGUUAUGGAAUUUUAUAAUGGAGUAACAGGAGAUACUAAAGUUGAAGCCACAAACAAAUUAGCUAGUGCUUGCAGAGAAUUAUUUAGAAAGAUACUUGGAGAUGAAGCUGCCGAUGAAAUGCAAAAAUUAAAAGAAUCCGGUGCAACAUUUGAAAAAAUGGAAGAAAAAGGACAAGAAUUUAUAUCUACUAUAACUGAUGAAACAAAAAAAGAAAAAAUACAAAUGUAUGGUCCUAGAUGUAAAGUAGUUUUUAAAGAACUUAGUCGUAAAAAAAGACAUGUAUCUGAUGAGCAUAAAUCUUUUUCUAAGGAACAACUUGAUUGGUUAACUGAAAAUCAACUUAAAGAACUUAAUGAUCUUAAAGAAGAAGGAAAAUGUAUUAAACAUCAAGCUGAAAAGGUAGAAGAAUUUUAUGAUGCAGCAGAAGAUACAAUCAAAUCUCAGGCUAAACAAAAAUUAGUAACAGCAUGUCGUGAAAUAUAUAAUGAAAUACUUUCAAAUGAUAUUAUUAAUGAAAUUAAACAAAUGAAAGAAGAUAAUGCUGCACCUGAAGAAAUAGAAAAAAAAUACGAAAAAUAUAUUGAAAGCAUUGAUGACAAAGAUAAAAAGUUUACAGCUGAAGCAUACUCAUCAAUCUGUAAAAAAGUUUAUAAAGAAACAUUAAAAGGAAAAAGUAAAAGACAUAUUGAAGGAGAUUUUGAUUCAUUUGCCAUUGAACAUUUAAAUUGGAUGUCUAAAGAACAAUUAGAUAAAGUUAAAUCAUUAAAAGCAAAUGGAAAAUCAGAAGGUGAAAUUGGAAAAGAAAUUCAUGACAUAUAUAAAUCUUUAUCUGGUGAAGAAAAAAAUAAAGCUACAAUUGCAUUGUCAUCAGCAUGCAAAGAAUUAUAUUCUAAUUUAUUAGGACCUGAAGCAACAUCUGAAAUAGUUAAACUUGAUGAAUCCGGAGCAAGCAUUGAAGAAAUUUCUGCUAAAGUAAUUGAACAUGAAAAUGCAAUUACUGAUGAAGUUGUUAAGAAAAAGUUUGAGGCAUACCGACCAGGUUGCAAAGAGUUAUAUAUUGAACAUAAGAAAAUUAUUUCUUAA